AGGAGAGCCAGGGAGCCGGAGAGAUCGCGUGCCUGCCGUCGCCGGAGCCUGCGAGCCGAGACUGUAAGCGCCCCGGUUCGGGCUCCGCGCGGGCUCGGCCGCGGGGUGGGCAGCGGGCAGGGGCGCCAAGGGGUCGAGGCUGCGGUCGGCCCGCAGGGGUGCAGAGGGACUUCUAGUUGGUCCGCCCCCAGCUCCUGCCCCAGCUGGGAGACUGCGAGUGCCGCCUACUCGGGGAAGGAGCCUGCAGGCGGCGGCGGACUUCUCGCAGGGAAUUCCGCGUCCCAGACUGCGGGCGGCCGCGGCAGGGAUGGAGGCUCAGGGAGGGAGGCUCGCGACCCCGGGAACGCACCGCGUUCCCUGGCUUGGGAGCCAUGUGGCUAGAAAUCCUCCUCACUUCAGUGCUGGGCUUUGCCAUCUACUGGUUCAUCUACCGGGACAAAGAAGAAACUUUGCCACUUGAAGAUGGGUGGUGGGGGCCGGGCACGAGGUCCGCAGCCAGGGAGGACGACAGCAUCCGCCCUUUCAAGGUGGAAACAUCAGAUGAGGAGAUCCACGACUUACACCAGAGGAUCGAUAAGUUCCGUUUCACCCCACCUUUGGAGGACAGCUGCUUCCACUAUGGCUUCAACUCCAACUACCUGAAGAAAGUCAUCUCCUACUGGAGGAAUGGAUUUGACUGGAAGAAGCAGGUGGAGAUUCUCAACAGAUACCCUCACUUCAAGACUAAGAUUGAAGGGCUGGACAUCCACUUCAUCCACGUGAAGCCCCCCCAGCUGCCCGCAGGCCGCACCCCGAAGCCCUUGCUGAUGGUGCACGGCUGGCCCGGCUCUUUCUACGAGUUUUAUAAGAUCAUCCCACUCCUGACUGACCCCAAGAACCAUGGCCUGAGCGAUGAGCACGUUUUUGAAGUCAUCUGCCCUUCCAUCCCUGGCUAUGGCUUCUCAGAGGCAUCCUCCAAGAGGGAGUUCAACUCGGUGGCCACCGCCAGGAUCUUUUACAAGCUGAUGCUGCGGUUGGGCUUCCAGGAAUUCUACAUUCAAGGAGGGGACUGGGGGUCCCUGAUCUGCACUAAUAUGGCCCAGCUGGUGCCCAGCCACGUGAAAGGCCUGCACUUGAACAUGGCUUUGGUGUUAAGCAAUCUCUCUACCCUGACACUCCUCCUGGGACGGCGUUUCGGGAGGUUUCUUGGCCUCACUGAGAGGGAUGUGGAGCUGCUGUACCCCGUCAAGGAGAAGGUCCUCUACAGCCUGAUGAGGGAGAGCGGCUACAUGCACAUCCAGUGCACCAAGCCCGACACCGUGGGCUCUGCUCUGAAUGACUCUCCGGUGGGUCUGGCUGCCUAUAUUCUAGAGAAGUUUUCCACCUGGACCAGUAGGGAAUUCCGAUACCUGGAGGAUGGAGGCCUGGAAAGGAAGUUCUCCCUGGACGACCUGCUGACCAACGUCAUGCUCUACUGGACAACAGGAACCAUUGUCUCCUCCCAGCGCUUCUACAAGGAGAACCUGGGCCAGGGCUGGAGGACCCAGAAGCAUGAGCGGAUGAAGGUCUACGUGCCCACUGGCUUCUUUGCCUUCCCUUCUGAGCUAUUGCACGCGCCUGAAAAGUGGAUUCAGCUGACGAAGUUAAAGGAUCAAACUGCUGUACGAGCUGCUAAACGCUUCUCUCCAUUUCUGGCUGCGGUGCCGCGGACCGCCCUUUAAGUAGCCCGUUUUAUCCCCAGCAGAGGUGGAGCCUUGGGCAGGCCUAGAGACUUUCCCGGAUCGCUCAGGUAACCGGAGGGGAGGGACGGAACCCGGGUCCUCCAGGCCGGGGAACGCCCCGCUCGGAGGCCGGGCUUGGGCGGAGACUGCGCAGGGGCGGCUGAAAACUAGCCGAGGAGAGCCAGGGAGCCGGAGAGAUCGCGCGCCUGCCGCCGCCGGAGCCUGCGAGCCGAGACCGUAAGCUCCCGCGCCGGCCGGGCCCGCACUCCCCGAACGCAGACGCGUUUCGGGCUCCGCGCGGGCUGGGCCGCCGGGGUGGGCGGCGGGCCGGGGUGCCAAGGGUUCGGGGCUGCGGUUGGCCCGCAGGGGUGCAGAGGGACUUGUAGUUGGUCCGCCCCCAGUUCCUGCCCCGCCAAGAGACUGCGCGUGCCGCCUACUGGGGGAAGGAGCCUGCAGGUGGCCGCGGACUUCUCGCAGGGAAUUCCGUGUCCCAGACCGCGGGCGGACGCCGCAGGGAGGGAGGCUCGCGACCCCGGGAGCGCACCGCGUCCCCUGGCCUGGGCGAGCUCUGCUUCCAGGGCCGAGGCUCGCUGCGCGGUGAAAUGCACUCAUUUGUCACCGAAGUCGGAACACUGAUCACACCUUUUAGUUGAAACGCGCUUUCAUCUCCAUCUGCCGCCGCAGCCGCCGCCCCGCACCCCCUCGCUCUGGUCUCCGCUUGCAGAACAGGAAACUUGCCAGGGAGUUCACCUUGUAGACGAAGCCAGGGAAUGUGGUCAACUUGAGCAAAAGCGCCGCGGAGACUGAGUCGCCGCCUGCCUCCCUCCCUGGCAGGUGUCGGUUUUCUCUGAGCUCAUGGCUCCUUCCUUGCCUUGGCGGCUCCCGAGACCUUGGAGGAGGGGUGCCUAGCAAUGUUGUAAUCCUAAUUUCGAUUUUUUUUUCUUAAAGUUGAAUGCCCCCUGCAUUCUCCACCUCCCAUUGUUUAAACUUCAGGUUCCGCAAAGCCUGGCUCCGCCCCCACAGGCAACACUCGUUGUCCUGGAAGCUCUGUGAGGGCUCAGCUUGUGGCUGGAGGUGGGAGGUGAGGAGGACCCAUGCACUUGGCAGACCAGCUUCCAGGACAGCCCUUUGCUGGGAUUGAUGAGCUGUUGGUGGAAAAUUGUUGAGGACCUUGGGGUUGGUGCCUGUUUCGGUACCACUGUGCAGCCUCCUCUGCAUCCAGCAUAAUUUAAAAUAAACAUUUUCAGGAAGCCACA